AUGGCGCGGCGGUCCCGCGGAGCAGAAGUCGAGGUGGAGGAAUCGCAAGGAGUGUCAUUACAAUUCGAUGAGCCUUUGACAUGGCGGGCCACGAAGCCGAUCGCGACUGGGGAGUUGUUAAGGCGAUUGACGGUGCUCCAAGAUGAGUUGGUGGAUAUGGAUCAGGAUGAGGUGGACAAGACGUCGUUCGUGGAUGUUGCGAAAGCUUUGGCGGGGCAGCAUUUGCUAUCACAUAAGGAUAAAGGUGUUCGCGCGCAUGUAGCGUGUUGUCUGGUAGAGCUUUUAAGGCUUUGUGCGCCGGAUGCGCCGUUUACGGGAUCUCAAUUGAAGGAUAUCUUCACGCUCUUCAUAACUUCAAUUUUACCAGCGCUUUCUGACCCCUCGAAUGCCUACAAUACCCAGCAUAGGCACGUUCUCGUGUCAUUAACGGAAGUCAAAAGUAUUGUGCUGUUGACUGAUCUGCCGAAUGCAGACGCGCUGAUCCUACACCUCUUUUCAUCCUUCUUCGAUAUAAUCUCUGGAUCAUCCAAAUCAUCUACGGGAGAAGCCGUCUCAAAGGAUAUAGAGUUUCACAUGAGCCAGAUGUUGGUAAUCAUAGUUGACGAGGCGGGUGCUCUGCCAUCGCAGGCUAUAGAUAUUAUUGUUGCUCAAUUCUUACGAGCAUCUGCGCCUGGGGGCAAGGAGGAAAAGGCAAAGAAGACAGACGACAAUCAGUCGACUUUACUACUCAAGGAACUUCCGCCAGCGUACAACAUGGCAAAGAUAAUUUGCAAUCAGUGUCCCGACAAAAUGUCCCGACAUAUCGCCCAAUACUUUAACGAUGUCAUCCAUGAAGUUACCGGGGCUACCAAGUCAAAUGGCCAUCGUAAGGCUAAUGAUGCAGACUCUGAAGACGAGGAAGCGCAUGUUGGGCCUACGGAAAUGGAUAUGAAAGAGUUGAAAAAAGCUCAUUCUCUGCUUCAGGAGCUGUGGCGCGCAUCGCCAGAUGCCCUCCAAAAUGUGAUACCAUUACUUGAGGUCCAACUUUCGGCGGAGGACCAACACCUCCGUCUAUUAGCCACCAAUACCAUUGGAGAUAUAAUAAGUGGCAUUGGCGCAGCAGGACCUCCUCCUCCACCCGCGAUGGAUCCUGCUGCAUAUCCACCAAUCAAUCUCGAAGACGUGCCUUUUCUUCCGUAUUCUGAUAGCAUUCUUACGACACCAGCAUCACCACAAUCAUUUUCUCAGACUCACUCAACAGUAUAUCACAGUUUCAUGGGCCGAAAAAAUGACAAGACUAGCGUUAUUCGCGCUGGCUGGACGAGAGCUGUUGGUCGAAUACUCGUGACAUCUGCCGGUGGCAUAGGACUUAGCAGAGAGGAGGAAUCUUCGAUGGUCAGAGCCUUGGGAGAAAAACUCAAUGAUGCGGAUGACAAGGUGCGCCUUGCGGCGGUCAAAGCUGUAGGAGGCUUCAGCUUCCGCGACAUCAUAUCAAAACUUGCGCCCAACGGCAGCGUGACUAAAUCUGGCUCAGUUUUAUGCAGCUUGGCUGAUCGAGCUCGAGAUCGCAAGCAUCCUGUGAGAAUUGAAGCGAUGACAGCUCUGGGACGAAUAUGGGGCGUUGCCGCGGGUGAGAUUGCAUCAGGAAACGAAUCUGUCAUUACUGCGCUUGGGGCGAUCCCAUCGAAGAUCAUCGAUGUUUAUUACGCGAACGACCUCGAGCUUAAUGUCUUGCUCGACCACGUCAUGUUUGAACAGCUCCUGCCUCUUAAAUACCCACCAGGAAAAUCAAAGGGUAAGGCAACCAACGGAGACUCCCACGUUGCAACAAAUGGGACCGCAGGCUUCAAUGCUGAUAAGAUUCGGCUUGAAAGAAUACUUCUCCUUGUCAAAUCACUUGACCCGAAGUCGAAAAAGGCAUUUUUCGUUAUGCAAGCCCGACAGCCAAUGUUUGCCAAAGUCCUCAAAGCCUUCUUGACACGUUGCGAGGAGUAUAAUGGAGGCGUCAUGGAAGGCAAUGCCAAAGAAAUCAAGGCAAAGCUUGAUACUGUUGUGAAAUGGCUAGCUGAUCUUCUUCCAGACCCACUGAGGACCAGUAAUGAUCUCCUGAGAUACGCCAAAUUGCAUGACCGAAGAAGCUACCAACUCUUGCGCUUUGCGGUAGCUCCGGAGAAUGACUUCAAGAUGGUUCACAAUUCUAUCAAGGAAUUUUCGAAACGUAUCGAAACUGCACCCGGGGCCCCUGCUGGUCUACUUCAGGUCUUGAUGCCCAUCAUUUAUCGAUCUUCAUCACUCAUCUAUAACAAAAGUCAUCUUCCCUACAUCAUGCAAUAUGCGAAAAGCGAUGAGGAUGGUCUUGGUGCGGUUGCACAUGAGAUCAUGCAUGAGAUAUCAGACAAGCAUCCAAAGAUAUUCGAAGACAAUGUUGCAGAUCUCUGUAAAUCACUAGCUGAGCAAGCGCCUACUGCUUCGAAGCAGAACGACGCUGGAAGUGUGGAGGUAUUGAAGGCUGUAGCAUUGUUCGCGAAGAAUCCAAAUAGCUCGAAAAAUAUCCCUCGAGACCGCAAAUUUAUCUCAACAUUAAUGAGCUUCGCACAGUACGGCAUGCCACCAAAGGCGGCGAAAUAUGCUGUGAGUAUCUUGAUGGCUACAUCGAACAAAAAGGAAAUGCAUGCCAAAGACUUGAUGGAGAAGUCAACGAAGGAUUGGGAAUACGGACAAGAUCACUUUCUAUCCAAACUCGCAACCAUUAGUCAAUUGACUUUUCUGGAACCAUCAGUCGCUGAGGACUUUGGCGAUGAGAUAAUUGACAUAACGACGCAACAGCUACUGAUGCAAGUUCGGACUCCGUCUGAAUCUGAUGAUCCCAAGUGGAAAAGCGAUUCCGACUUGGAUGAAGAGGGUCAGGCCAAGUUGUGGGCGAUACGCAUUCUGGUGAACCGCCUUCGAGCUGUCACCGACAAGGAAAAUGCAAAAGAGUAUAGUGGUCCAGUGUAUGCGUUGCUCAACAAGCUGAUCGAAAAAGACGGGGAGAUCUCCAAAGACAAACCAACCCCGAGACAUCACGCCGCUCGAUUGCGUUGUUUGGCCGCUCAGUCUAUUCUCAAGCUCUGCACGAACAAAAUGUUUGAGGCGUAUACAGCACCAAAGGAUUUUAACCGGCUUGCAUGUGUUGUUCAGGAUCCGAUAGAGAAUGUUCGACGAGGAAUGGUGGAAAAGCUUCAGAAAUAUCUAGUGAAGAACAAGCUACCCGUCCGAUUCUACACGAUCAUGUUUCUCACCGCUUUUGAACCAAAUACGGCUUUCCUCGCAUCGAUAGUGACCUGGAUCCGUUCUCGUGCAAAGCUUUUGCAACAUCAACCAGCAAGGCCUAUGGAAUCUGUGUUACCGCGACUCAUAUCUGUUCUAGCACAUCACCCAGAUUUUGGUCUUGAGCCAGCAGAGUUGGUAGAUCAAGCCAGAUAUAUUGUGUUUUACCUUUCGUGUGUCGUAUCAGAGGAGAAUCUACCACUGGUAUACAAGUAUGCUGAGCGUGUGAAGCAAGCACGAGAUGCUUUGAGCACCUCUGAUGAGGAUAAGGACAACAUUUACAUCAUGAGUGAUCUGGCCACCUAUCUAAUCAAGUCAUGGCAGGAAAAGAAAGGUUGGGUCAUGCAGACCUGGGCUGGAAAGGUUGGCUUGCCGGUUGGUUUGUACGCUGGACUACCAAGUCAUGAAGUGGCACAAGAGAUUGCCAAAAAGCCAUACUUGCCGGACCCUGAAACUAUAGAGAGUAGUCUUGACAAGCUCGUAAGGGAUGCUGAAAAGACAAAGAAGCGCAAAUCGGAUGACAGAGACGGCAAUUCCAACCCAACAAAAAAGCAGAGAUCUGAAGCCAAACCAAGAAACUCCAUCUCUAAAAAGGACAAACCAGUUAAAAUCAGGAAAACGCCCUCGAAGCCAAAACGUCAGAAGCCGGAACUUAGUACGCCAGACAAUGUGGAGCGUAGGAAGAGUGGCCGUGGUGCGAGUGCUAAGAAGGUGUAUGCUGAUAUUGAUGAUGAGGAUGCGGAUGAGGAAAUGCUCAACGGGGUCGCGAAGUGGGAUUACUUGAAUUCCGAUGAUGAGCGCAUGGAAGAAGAGGAGGAUGGGUCCGGUGACGAGGAAGAUCAGGACGAAGACGUUGAGGUUCCUGACGCGGAACCAGAGCCAGAAGCCGAAGAAGCAGAACCUGAACCCGAGCCUGAGCCUGAGGAAGAGGAAGCAGAUGAACCUCCCUCCGAUAUCGAGCCCGAACCCGAACCGGAAGCAGAAACACCUGAACCGUCACCUCCGAAAUCCAAUGGUCGCAAAUUACCGAAUCGUGGGUCGGCGAAAAAAGGAGCGGCUCCCACGCCGAAAGCCGCUACUACGCCUGCGAAGAAGAAGGUGGGUAAUGUGACGCCGGUGAAGUCGAAGGCCAAGGCGCCGAUUGUGGAGAGGAAGGGGACGAGGAGUAGUGGGAGGAAUAAAUGA